AUGGCCUCAUCGAUAUUGAGUUCAAAUACUGCUGCUACGGUGGUGUUGGCGACAGCUAUGGCCGUCUCAGGCACCGUGAUUGUUCUUGCUUUACGCCUUCAGAAAUUCUCCAUUAAUUACCUCCCAAAAUCCUGCAUCUCUUCAGUUUAUGCUAACGGGUUCAAUGAUUGUACUGAUUAUGUUUAUGUUGAUUUAGAUAACAAGAAAAGGGAGCGAAAGAAGAAGAAAGUGCACUUUGCGGAGGAUGUAAUCGAUCCAAUUGGUAACGGUGAAGAAUUUAGAAAAAGAUUUGCAGAUAAAAACAACCGCAAGGACAAAAAUUUAAAGAGUAGUGAUUAUAAAGUGCCGAGGGAAUUGUCGGCUAACAGGAUGGCUCUGUACAACGGUAUUCUCCGAGACCGUGUUGUUAACCGCACUGCCUAUUCCUAUUAA